AUGAAUAAAUCAAGUCUUGGUCCAAAAUUAUAACUCUAAAUUAAUAUACAUAAAGGACAUAGUGAUGAUCUUAUCCCAGAAGAGCCGUUUAUCGAUAUUAACAAAUAACAACAAUCUUUAGAAUCGAAAUAAAGGUAUGACACUAAGGGAAGAUAGAUAAUUAAGGGCAAAAGUUACUCGAUUGAUUUCCAAAACUGCGUGAUUGUUUGCGUUUAUGAUCCUACAGAAGAAGUGUUGCAGUUUAAGGAAACCCUUUCUUAACUUUCAAACGUUGAAUUGACGAAGGUCAACUUUAAAUACCAUGAGAGUUUCAAAAAACAAUAGCAGUACGCUGUAUUGCCUGCAAAAUCCAUACUAAAAAAAUCAAACUAAUAAUGUGCUUUAAAGUAGAAAUGA